AUGAAAGUCACACCACCCGGGGUUUCAAAUGUUGAGUCUAUUAUGGAGGAGGUCGAAAGUCCAGACAUCACUGUGAACUUUUCUGAUAAGGACACAAAUGUCAAUAUGGGUGAAGGGAUGCACACUAUUGAAACAACAAAAACAACAACAACAACAAAAUUCGAAACUUCACCUGUUACUACAAUUAUCGAAACAACUUUUUUUCCUGUACCACAACCAACCUCUCCACCACCUACAUCACUACAUGAAGCUGCGAAAGAGCGUUAUGAGCUCUUUGUGAAACAAGUGUCUGAGUCGAAAUCUUCUCUUAAGCUCCAGGUUAACGAGAUUCGAACCUUGAUGGCUAAAGAGCUUAAGAAUUUAGAUGAUAACUACAACUUGUUGCAUAAAAAGGUUCACGUCGUAGCAAAUGUAACAACUCACUUGAUCGAAGAUAUCACUGCCUUCAACAACAACUAUUUGAAAGAUAUAAAAGUAAUGAAUGAGAAGGAUGACAAGGUGUUUAAGAAAGUUGAAGACUUUUUAUCUAAUUUUAAAGAGACACUAUUGAAAGUUGAUCUUUCGAGUCAAUCUUCUAUUUCUCAAGAUUCCAUUUCUACUAUGGUUUCAAAAUCGAGUCAAGUAUCAAGGCUGAGUUGGCUCCGAUCCUAA